AUGGAAGAACAGAGCAAGAAAGCAAAGAUACAAAUGGAAGUCAAAGAUGUGGAAAUGGUGCUACUUAAUGAGAGAAUUGCAAUGUUGGUUGAAUCAAAUCUCUACCUGGACAGUGAAGAAGAAAAAAUCGUAGUUGAAGUUGAAGCCACCACUUCCAAAACAUCGCCUCUUGUGAGCUCAAUGAUAAAAAGGGUAAAAAAUAGAGAAACAAGAAAAGAGCACAAAGAUCCAGAUUUUUGGUACGUAACGAAUAGACAACCAAAGCAGAACAAGACAGUUGAUGAACUAGAACCAAUGGUUGAAGAAAGUGCAAAGACUAGAAAAGAAGAGCAGACACAACAUCAACGUCCAACAAAACAAAUUGACACUUCCUAUCCAGUGUUUCAAAAAUUGCCAAAGAAAUCAAGGAUGAAACUCACCAGUCUUUGGGCAACAAAAACCAGCAGUUAUCCAAUUUUACAAGGAAAGGAAGUAGGCAGCUAUUUGUACUUGGAUGAUAUUGACAAAAUAGUCAGAUGCGAAGAACUUUCUGAAAAUGCAAUAAAUGCAUACAAGGAAAUCUUAAUGACAGAAGAGCAACUGAAACCAAAGUUCAGCCUCAGCUCGCAAUAUUUGUUCACCACAAAGGAUGAGGCAGAAACAAAUCAAUUGUUGAACAACAUGAUGUUAGAAGCUGUCAAGGAAAGAUAUCUUAUUUUCCCAGUUUUCAAUGAAAAGCAUUGGACGUUGUUGGUACUUGAUACUGAAAAUGGCUCAUGGAAGUUUUACAAUUCAAUGAGACCAAGCACAGAAAUAGAUAACCACUUAAAUGAGGCAAACAAAGUGAGAAAGAUUAUUGAAAAAUACCUUCACCAUCACAAUCCCAAACUCAUUGAAGAUGUUGCAAGUUCUCGUAAGAGAUUAACUAGACCAGAAACAAGAGCUUAUACUGCAAAAAGGCAAAAGCGAGAAAAGCAAGACAACAAUGAGACGAAAAAGCAAGAAGAUAACAAAGAGGAAACCACAGGAACAUCAACAGGAAUCAAACAAGCAGCAAGGGUGAAAAGACAGAGACAUCACAAACAAGAACCUGCAGAUAAAGCUAAAAAACAAUCAAAAGCAAAAGAAAAAAUAAGCGAACAACAACAAUCCAUUGAAGAUGUUGUGAGCUCUCUCAUGACAUUAUCUGUGCCAGAAAGAAGAUCUUUACCAGCAAAAACCCAAAAGCAAGAAGAGGAACAAAAAAAAAAAAGCAACAAGGCAACAAAAAGGAAACUGCAAGAACAGCAACAAGAACCAAACAACAAGAAAGGGAGAAAAAACAGAGACAUCAGAAACAAGAACCUGCAGAUGAAGCUCAAAAACAAGCAAAAGCAAAGAAAAGAAUAA